GAGCUUAAUCAUAAUGGCGAAACUAGAAUGGCACUAGAGAUGUGCUCAUUUCUAUUCUUAGUUCUUAAAAGUACGGUAGAUGCUUGGGUGAAAAUGAGACUCCUCCACUAUUGCCAGUCUGCUUUUUAAAAAUGCGUGUUUUACAAUAAUAUGUUUUGUUUUUAGAAUUUGGAAUCGAACGAGUUUUCUGACAUUUGAGUGAAGGACCAGGGAUUACUUGGAGAGAAAACUGGUCCUAGAGUAACUGGAUUGACCACAGAAAUGAGUCCUGCAGAAGCCCUUGAUGAUGAAAAUACAUUUAAAAUCUUAGUUGCAACAGAUAUUCAUCUGGGAUUUAUGGAGAAAGAUGCAGUCAGAGGAAAUGAUACGUUUGUCACACUUGAUGAAAUUUUAAGACUUGCCCAGGAAAAUGAAGUGGACUUUAUUUUGUUAGGUGGUGAUCUUUUUCAUGAAAAUAAGCCCUCAAGAAAAACAUUACAUACCUGCCUGGAGUUAUUAAGAAGAUAUUGCAUGGGCGAUCGUCCUGUACAGUUUGAAAUUAUCAGCGAUCAGUCAGUCAACUUUGGUUUUAGUAAGUUUCCAUGGGUGAACUACCAAGAUGACAAUAUCAACAUUUCGAUUCCAGUGUUUAGUAUUCAUGGCAACCAUGAUGAUCCCACAGGGGCAGAUACGCUUUGUGCCCUGGAUAUAUUAAGUUGUGCUGGAUAUGUAAAUCACUUUGGACGUUCAAUGUCUGUGGAGAAGAUAGACAUUAGUCCAGUUUUGCUCCAAAAAGGAAGCACAAAAAUUGCACUAUAUGGCUUAGGAUCCAUUCCAGAUGAAAGGCUAUAUCGAAUGUUCCUCAAUAAAAAAGUAACAAUGUUGAGACCAAAAGAAGAUGAGAAUGCUUGGUUUAAUUUAUUUGUGAUUCAUCAGAACAGGAGUAAACAUGGAAAUACCAACUUCAUUCCAGAACAAUUUUUGGAUGACUUUAUUGAUCUUGUUAUCUGGGGCCAUGAACAUGAGUGUAAAAUAGCUCCAACCAAAAAUGAACAACAACUAUUUUAUGUAUCACAACCUGGAAGUUCAGUGGUUACAUCUCUUUCCCCAGGAGAAGCUGUAAAGAAACAUGUUGGUUUGCUCCGUAUUAAAGGAAGGAAGAUGAAUAUGCAGAAAAUUCCUCUUCGCACAGUGCGGCCGUUUUUUAUGGAGGAUGUUAUUCUGAAUGAUCAUCCAGACAUUUUUAACCCAGAUAAUCCUAAAGUAACCCAGGUUGUACAAAGCUUCUGUUUGGAGAAGAUUGAAGAAAUGCUUGAAAAUGCUGAACGGGAACGUCUGGGAAAUUCUCAACAGCCAGAUAAGCCUCUUAUACGACUGCGAGUGGACUAUAGUGGAGGUUUUGAACCUUUCAGUGUGCUUCGCUUUAGCCAGAAGUUUGUGGAUCGAAUAGCUAAUCCAAAGGAUGUUAUCCAUUUUUUCAGGCGUAGGGAGCAAAAGGAAAAUACAGGAGAAGAAAUCAACUUUGGGAAGUUCAUUAGUAAACCUUCAGAAGGAACAACUCUAAGGGUAGAAGACCUUGUAAAACAGUAUUUCCAAACCGCAGAGAAGAAUGUGCAGCUCUCACUUCUAACUGAAAGGGGAAUGGGUGAAGCGGUGCAAGAAUUUGUGGACAAGGAAGAGAAAGAUGCCAUAGAGGAAUUAGUGAAAUACCAGUUGGAAAAAACACAGCGAUUCCUUAAAGAACGUCAUAUUGAUGCCUUAGAAGAUAAAAUUGAUGAAGAGGUACGUCGUUUCAGAGAAAGCAGACAAAAAAAUACUAAUGAAGAAGACGAUGAAGUUCGAGAGGCCAUGACUAGGGCCAGAGCCCUCAGAUCUCAGUCUGAUGACUCAGCUUCUGCCUAUAGUGCUAAUGACUUCAUGAGUACAGAUUUGGCAGAACAGGCUGGUGACUCUGAUGAUAGCAUCCCAGCAGAAGCCACCAAAGGAAGAGGCCGGGGAAGAGGCCGAAGAGGAGGAAGAGGACAGAAUUCAGUGUCAAGAGGAGGAUCUCAGAGAGGAAGAGCAGGCACUGGUCUGGAGACUUCUCGAGGCAGAAGCUCAAAGACUACUACGUCAACAUCUAGAAAUAUGUGUAUUAUAGAUGCCUUUAAAUCUGUAAGACAGCAGCCCUCACGAAAUGUUGCUACCAAGAAUUAUUCAGAGGUGAUUGAGGUGGAUGACUCAGAUAUGGAAGAAGACAUUUUUCCUACCACUUCAAAAGCAGGUCAAAGGUGGUCGAACACAUCAUCAUUUUCAAGCAACUCCAUGUCCCAGAGCCAAACAGCUAAAGGGGUCAAUUUUGAAUCAGAUGAGGAUGACGACGAUGAUCCUUUCAUGAACACUAGUUCUUUAAGAAGAAACAGAAGAUAAUUAUUUAAUGGCACUUUGUAGUUUUUAAGAUUCAGGAAAAAUCAAAACAUUGCAGGCUAAGAGUUUACAGUUGAAGAUUCUUCAAGUAUUGCUGAUAACUGACGAAUUUGAAAGAGACUUACCCAGCAGAGAGAAUGUUUAAGAUUCCUGUUUCUGAGCAUCAUUUCCUGAAGCUGGUUCCACUGCUUGAGACACUUCACAGCUCAAGGACAUAUAACACAGCCUUGGUCUUUCUCAUUUUUUAAUCUGGUUGUUAACAUUACAUGGUGAUGCUCUAUAAAAUUAGACUUACUUUCCUGACAUAUGUUAAUGUAUAUCUUAGUGAGAGCUUUGCUUAAAUAUUAACCUUGAAUAAGGAUUAAAAUAAUCCAUUAUACAUUUCUGCUUCACAAUCCAAGACUACAUCAGUAUUUUAAUAUAGUUACUUUUAGCCACAGAUGAGAAAAAGAGCUUAUAAAACUUAUCCUCUUUAUAAUUUUAAUAAUUUCUAGAGAUUCUCUGUUUGCUGAUGGUAAAGCCGUCUACAUGAAACUGUGCCUAAGCUUGCUGUUUGUUACUGAGUGUGUGUUCUCUUUCUAAUGCUUGUGAUAGCUUUAGCCACGGAGACUGAGAUGAUUAACAUGUACCUUAUACUUUGAGUAAUUAGAUAUGUUUGUAUUAAAAAAAAUAGGACAAAUGGUCAGAAUGACUGACUUUUUUAUUUCAUUUGUAGAAGAUUAUGUUACACUGAGUGGUAGUUUUCUCCAUUCUUCUCAUUCUUCAUAUUCUUCAUGUUUCUCUUUCUGUAUCUGUCUCCUCUGUUUCUAGGAGGAAAAGAAACUCUUAAAAGACCUCUGAGAGUGUUCCUUCUUUUCACCUGGGAGGCAGCUAUAUUUAAAGCCUAUGGGGGGUAUAGAGUUUGGCAGCACAAUUGUCUAACAUUUCUUCAUGUGCAGAAACAAACACUUGACUGAGCACUAUUCAUGUUUAUUGGCAUAGUCAUACCUGGAAUGUGUCAAAUUAUAAAAGAACAUUUGCAGAGUGGCUGCCUUCAUACUAUACCUCUGAAAUGACCUAAGUCAAGAAUUGUGAUGUAACAUUCUAAUGAGUUUCUUUAAAAAUAUUUUCUGUACCUGACUUGAGCAUACGGAUUAUUUUAGCAGGCAGCAUUAACUCAACAGAAGGCAUUGUCUCCUGUCUAAUAUUCUCAGGCACCUCUGCCGUCCUUUGACAUUCCCAGUGUGUGAAUGAAGCAGAGGUGAAAUAAAGAAUGAGAGUUGCUCUCCAUGAUGGAAGAGAAGCAAGUCUGGGUGUCAGUCUUGGGCAGUGCAGACCCCUGCAUGGGGCAGCAUCAGCUGCUGGCUCUUCGCACCUGCCACUGAGAUACAUGAGCUUGGGCGAGUGUCAUAGUGAGGGAGGUGGCUGCCGAAGCAUCCUGACAGGUUCCUGAGAAAAAAGAAUAAGGCUUCCUCCCUCUAAAAUUGUGCUCUACAGUAUGAAAGAGGUACUAAAUGUGAUGCAUUUAGCUCCUAGGAAAAGUGAUUCCACAUCUGAAAGAGGUGAAAUUCUCUUGAACAAGUCAUUUUGUCACUAGUGUGUCACUUACUGGAAAUAUGGAAAAUAAAACGUGAAAGAAGAACCAUUUUGAUUGAAUAUCAUUGCAUAGUUAAGUGUGCCAUGGUUUUCUUGGUAUUCUGUAUCGAUACAGUCCACCGAGGGGGAUUUAGGACAGUUUCAGAAGAGUUGGUGCAGGUGUAUAGAGGCAAUUCCAGAUGAUUGUGGAGCACUGGCAAUUGCUAUUGGAGGCUGAGAGCAGCGAUGAAAACAUCU